GAUAAAUUUCAUUAGUGGUUUUUCAUGGAACAAAACUAGCUAGCGCGGAAACUAGUGCCGUAGUGCUCAGUAUCUUUAAAAACUUAACCAAGAGCAUGCUAACACGCACAAUUCGAGAUAUGGGGCCGUGGAAAUCGAACAAUACCAAACCUAGCUCCAUGCAGUUUAUAAGUUGCUGCUUAAUUGAUCCUAGUGGCAUUCGUCCCGGCGUCGCAACACUGCCAAAACACACGCACCAAUUAAGAUAGUGGCAGAGAGAGAAGCAUGGGCCGGGGCAGCAAUGCGGUCGUCACCCUCCUCCUCCUCGGCGUCGCGCUCCUCUCGCUCGCCGCCACCCCGGCCGCCGGCGACGGCAAGGUGGGUCACCACCACGGCAUCGACGAGGCGGUGCGGCAGCUGAUGGUGGCGACGAGGCUGGAGGACGUCGUGGCGGCGGAGCUCGGGAUGGACGACCUGCACCAGCGCGUACUCGGUGGCGGCGGCUCAAAUUCGGAUGGUCUUGUACCAAACAAGGCGGCAUGCCCGGCCCCGUCGUGCCCGGCGCCCGGGCAGCCGUACACCGGCCGGGGCUGCAUAUUCGCACGCGGAUGCCAAGGCAACGCGCCGCCCUCUCUCUAACCGGUGAAAAGUAGCCAGCCCCUGCUGCACGUCGGUGCAUAUAUUGGUCUCAAUAAAAACCAGUUAAUCACUGCUUUA